CUCUUUUAUUCUAUAUCAUUGCUCUCUAAUCCAUUAGCGUAAAAUACCCCACCCACCGAACUUUCCAAUUUCUAUUAUCAUUGUGUAGCAAUAAGAGGUUAUAUCCAGGACUGAUCUUGGAGACAUGCCCACUAAACCCUUAUUUAAAUAAGCGCAUUUAAACUUUUUCGAUAUUUUGUUCACGAAAGCUCAUCGACCACGCUGCCCUGCAAUCAGUGGGAAAGAAAACUGUACGGGUUCAGCCAGAAUCGAAGCUGACAGAUAACUCUUUUCAUUCGUUCAGUCCGAGUAUAGCAACAAAGUCAGAAGAAAAAAGACCAUUUACUCGUGAUGGCACCACCCGUGAAACAGGAAUCGCCGCCUGCGUCCGCUGAGAUUUCCGAGAAACCUCGGGCGCGCAAGCGCAGAUGGGACGUGGUGGGCGCUGAUGCGCUGCCGACAAAGACGGAGGAAGAGCUUGAGGCUAAGCUGGAUAUCAAGCUUGAAGGUGGCGACGUGGAUGGGAACGGAACCGCGGGAACGAAGAAGCGAUCGCGAUGGGACGAGGUCGAGGCCACGCCGAGCAGGCGGUCGCGGUGGGAUCAGGCGCCUGCGGUGGAUGCGACGCCGAUUGGCAAGACUGCGCUUGGAAUGCAGACGCCGAUGCAUGUGGGCGAUGCUGUGGGGCCCAGCGGAGGACAGGGGUUUGCGGUCGCGGGGAUGAUUUCGGAUGAGGAGCUCGACAUACUCUUGCCGUCGGAGGGCUAUGUGAUUCUUGAACCACCGGCUGGCUAUGUUCCGAUACGCACGCCUGCGCGCAAGCUUCUCGCCACACCGGCGCAGACUGGGAGCGGAGGCGGGUUUGUGAUGCUGGAAGACACGACGGCGCAGAGUCGCGCGAUGGCGAAGCAGUUGCCGACGGACAUCCCUGGUGUUGGCGAGCUACAGUUUUUCAAGGAGGAGGAUAUGAAGUACUUUGGCAAGUUGGUCGAUGGUCGCACUGACACCGAUUUGUCGCUUGAAGAACUCAAGGAGCGGAAGAUCAUGAAGCUGCUUUUGAAGAUCAAGAACGGUACGCCGCCUAUGCGCAAGACCGCGCUGCGCCAGAUCACCGAUAAUGCGCGACAGUUUGGUGCGCAAGCUCUGUUCAAUCAGAUCCUGCCGCUGCUGAUGGAGCGCACGCUUGAGGACCAAGAGCGACAUUUGCUCGUGAAGGUAAUUGAUCGCGUGCUCUACAAACUCGACGACCUCGUGCGCCCAUUCACGCACAAGAUCCUUGUCGUCAUCGAGCCGCUGCUGAUUGACGAAGACUACUACGCGCGCGCCGAGGGCCGCGAGAUCAUCGCGAACCUUGCCAAGGCGGCCGGGCUUGCGCACAUGAUUUCGACAAUGCGACCGGAUAUCGAUCACGCCGACGAGUUUGUGCGCAACACUACCGCACGCGCGUUUGCCGUCGUGGCCUCUGCGCUCGGGAUCCCGGCGCUGCUGCCGUUCUUGAAGGCCGUGUGCGGAUCGAAAAAGUCCUGGCAGGCGCGCCAUACCGGUGUGAAGAUCGUGCAGCAGAUUGCGAUCUUGAUGGGAUGCGCGGUCUUGCCUCAUCUGAAGGGCCUUGUUGAUUGUAUUGCGCCUUGCUUGACUGACGAGCAGGCCAAGGUGCGUACGGUGACCUCGCUGGCGCUAGGUGCGCUUGCUGAAGCAGCUGCGCCUUAUGGUAUUGAGUCGUUUGACUCUGUGCUUGAGCCGCUAUGGCUUGGUAUCCGACGACAUCGCGGAAAGGGCCUUGCUGCAUUUUUGAAGUGUAUCGGCUACAUUAUUCCGCUUAUGGAUCCCGAGUACGCAAACUACUACACGAAGGAGGUCAUGGUGGUCUUACUACGAGAGUUUAACUCGCCGGACGAGGAGAUGAAGAAGAUUGUUCUCAGAGUUGUUCAGCAAUGUGCGGCCACGGAAGGAGUUACUGCGCAGUAUCUGCGCGACGAAGUGCUUCCGUCGUUCUUCAAGAGCUUCUGGGUGCGACGAAUGGCGCUCGAUCGACGAAACUAUAGACAGGUUGUCGAUACUACGGUCGAGCUUGCGCAGAAGGUCGGAGUGUCGGAGAUCGUUGAGCGGAUCGUGGUGGUGCUCAAGGACGAGUCCGAGGCGUACCGCAAGAUGGGCGUGGAGACUAUUGAGAAAGUUAUCGCUGCGCUCGGAGCGGCAGAUAUUUCGGAACGUCUGGAGGAGCGGUUGAUUGAUGGAAUUCUGUAUGCGUUCCAGGAGCAAACGGUUGAGGACAAUAUUCUGUUGAACGGUUUCGGCACGGUCGUGAACGCGCUCGGCUUGCGCACGAAGCCGUAUCUACCGCAGAUUGUAUCGACGAUUCUGUGGCGGUUAAACAACAAGUCCGCGACCGUCCGACAGCAGUCUGCAGAUCUGAUUACGCGAAUCGCGGCGGUGAUGAAGAACUGCGGCGAGGACGUGCUGAUGGGCAAGCUUGGAGUCGUGCUGUACGAGUACCUAGGCGAAGAGUAUCCCGAAGUGCUAGGCUCGAUUCUCGGUGGCUUGAGAAGUAUGGUGACUGUGGUCGGAAUUGCAGACAUGCAACCUCCGAUCAGCGAUCUGUUGCCUCGGUUGACGCCGAUUCUGCGAAAUCGACAUGAGAAGGUGCAGGAGAACACGAUCGAUCUUGUGGGACGGAUUGCGGACCGCGGAGCAGAGUAUGUCAGCGCGCGGGAGUGGAUGCGCAUCUGCUUUGAGUUGCUAGAUAUGCUGAAGGCGCAUAAGAAGGGUAUCCGAAGAGCAGCCAACAACACUUUCGGGUAUAUUGCCAAGGCGAUUGGACCACAGGAUGUUUUGGUUACGCUGCUGAACAAUUUGCGCGUGCAGGAGCGCCAGUCACGAGUGUGUACUGCGGUUGCGAUUGGAAUUGUGGCGGAGACGUGUGCGCCAUUCACGGUCCUGCCAGCGCUGAUGAACGAGUAUCGAGUGCCGGAGCUGAAUGUGCAGAACGGAGUGCUCAAGUCGCUGAGUUUCCUGUUUGAGUACAUCGGCGAGAUGGCCAAGGACUACGUGUACGCGGUCGCGCCGCUGCUCGAAGACGCGCUGACGGAUCGUGAUCAGGUGCAUCGACAGACAGCGGCGACGGUGGUGAGACAUCUUGCGCUGGGCUGUAUAGGACUAGGGGUCGAGGACACGAUGGUGCAUAUGCUUAAUCUGCUGAUGCCAAAUAUCUUUGAGACCUCGCCGCAUGUGAUUGACCGGAUCAUGGACGGGAUCGAGGCGGUGCGCAAUUGUGUUGGGGUUGGCAUCGUCAUGAACUACACAUGGGCAGGCCUGUUCCACCCUGCGCGCAAGGUGCGGGCGCCGUAUUGGCGCAUGUACAACUCGGCGUACGUACAGAGCGCGGGCUCGAUGGUGCCGUACUAUCCCGCGGUCGACGGCGGGACGGAGCCCGAAUACCGCCGGGCGGAGCUGGAUGUGUGGCUGUAGAUGAUAAGUUUUAUCUGUAAUGUUUUAUAGGUCGAAAUGACGGCGUGGAUUUGGUAUUUUGUUGAGCAAAUGAAAUGAAUUGCAAUAAGUUUCUUCGC